AUGGCUAUCCUACGUCAGUAUCAUAACCUACCGAUUGAGUUCAAACGCUCAAUUCCCCAUCCUGUUGAAGCUUUCGAAAUCGACCCUGAUUUCCCAUAUACUUUUCGCCCAAGAAUUCAUGAGAAUAACCAAGAAAUCGAGAAUACGAGCUGGGAGUGCCGUGAUGAUCUUAGGGAAGCUGACUGGGAAGGUUCACUUGGCGUGGGCUGCGUCAAUGAAAGAAGCGGAAAUUUCAUGGCGACACUAUUGCCUGAGGGAAAGCUAGAUCGACUUAUUCCAAUGACUUAUGUAUCUGAAUAUGCAUUCAUCCAUGAUGAAAUGGUGGAUAAAAAGGUUACUCCUGAAGAGUUCGAAGCAGCUCAUCAAACAAUGCAUUCGUUUAUUGGCAAAGAUGAGUGCGACAGAAGUAAUAGUAUGAUGAAGAGCAUAAAAGCACGAAUGGCACUCCGUAUAUAUGAAGGGAAUCCUGAUGGGGCAUCUCGAUUCUUCGAAGCCUAUCAGCCAUUUCUAGAGAUCAAAUCCCCACAAAGAGAUAUGAAAUCGAUCUGUAGGGAGAUGCUUAUAUACACUGCGGACGUGAGUUUGAACGAUGAUGAAAAGUCGUCUUUGGAACCCGUAAUUCUCCCUCUAUUGAAAGCCAUGGUGCUGACAAAUGAUUAUUACUCAUGGGAAAAGGAAUGUGACGAAUAUAAUCGUACCAAUGGUAGUAUGCCCAUGGUUAAUGCCAUAUGGCUGUUAAAACAUCUUCGUGAAGUGGAAGAUUCCAAAGCACGGGAGCUUUUGAGGGAAAGAAUACUGGAAGAUGAAAUGAAAUAUUGCAGGCUUAGGGACGAUUACAUUCAAACAGAGAAUCCUAGCCAAGAUACAAAACGAUUUCUGGGCCUUUUCGAGCUCGCGGCAGCGGGCAAUCGGUUUUGGCAUGCUACUUCUAAACGGUAUAACGCAUGGGCGCCAACUCCAGCGCCAACCCCAACUUCAGAAACAAAGAUAAAGAUAAAGCGCUCCGCAUCUCAGAUCCAAGAUAUCAGAUCUGAUGGACAGCGUGAUACUAAAAGGUCUAAGGUUGAAUUAGACCAGCUCCCACGCGAGAAUGAUAUAUACUUUGUUGACACACCCAAAAGUUUCAAGGUCGAAACUCUGAACAUAAACGGAAACUUCGACUCCUCUAGCCUCAGUCAAGGUGGUAUAGAUAGGAUUGUCCUAGAGCCUUACAAAUAUAUUGCAUCUUUACCAGCAUCGAAUUCAAGGAAUGCAUUACUUGACGCGCUCAACUGUUGGUAUCUUGUUCCACACGAGUCCUUGGAAAUCAUUCGGCAUGUCAUUGGCAUCAUCCAUAACACAUCUCUAAUAUUAGAUGAUAUCGAAGACAACUCUCCCAUACGCCGAGGAUGUCCUUCGGCACACGAGGUAUUUGGGACCAGCCAAGCAAUCAAUUCGGCAACAUAUCAAUACGUCAAAUGUCUUGAGUUUGUCAUGGCUCUGAGCAAGGAAUCUGUCAAUUGCUUUACGCAUACUCUAUCGCAAUUACACAUUGGACAAAGUCAGGAUUUACAUUGGACAUUUCAUUGCAAAUGUCCCAGUCUGGAGGAAUAUUUUAAACAGACCGAAGACAAAACAGGAGGACUUUUCCGCAUGGCGGCAGGUAUGAUGCAUGCAGAAGCGACUAAGAAUCGUGAUGUAGACGCGGAUACAUUGAUGAGAAAGCUGGGAAGGUAUUAUCAGCUUCGAGACGAUUAUAACGAUCUUAGUACAAAGGGAGAUGAAAAGAAUCUGGAUGCUGUCUACAAUGAUCUUGAUCAAGGAUCUUUCACCCUCCCAAUCAUUCAUGCUCUUGGGAAAGAAUCUGAGAACGGCGAUACGAAAUUUCUCAAUAUCCUAAGAUCGCGAAAACGGAAUGAGAGGAAAAUGUCUCCAGAAAUGAAGAGAUUAGCAAUUACAGAGAUGGAAAACAUGGGAAGCUUUACCUACGCAAAAGCAUUGCUGAAGGACUUGCAUCUGGAUAUUGAACACGAACUCGAAAUGCUUGAGAAAAGGGCUGGGCCAGGAGAAAACUGGAUUUUAAGGCUGAUGUUGUAUAGACUGAAAAUUACAUAG